AUCACCGGCUCCAGCGCUGGCCCGUGGCCGCUCUCGCACGGCCUCCCGCUGGGCCGCCGGCGCUGGCGCAGCGAUGGCCCUGCUCCUGGUUGUCCUGCAGGCGGCCUGCGCCUUCUCCCUGGGGGUGGGGCUCUGGGUAGUCUGCAGCCACCUCCUCCGCGCCGACAUCCCCGCGGCCGUCAGCCACCCUGUGAGGCUGCGGGUCCUCCAUUGCCUCCUGGAGCUGUUGAUAACGUGGGGGACAAUUCUCGAGAAGCUGAGAAUCUGUUCCAUGCCCCAAUUUGUCCGUUUCGUGCAUGAUCUGGUGCCACUCAAGGAGGAUCCGGAUGUCGUGGUCACCGAUCUCCGCUUCGGGACAGUCCCCGUGAAGCUGUACCAGCCCAAGGGGUUGUCCUGCACCCCCAGGCCUGGCAUCGUCUUCUACCACGGAGGCGGGGCAGUCAUGGGGAGCCUGAAAACCCACUAUGCCAUCUGCUGUCAACUGUGCAAGAAGAGUGGCUCCGUGGUUCUAGCAGUGGGAUACCGCAAGUUGCCCCAGCAUAAGUUCCCGGUGGCGCUAACAGACUGCUUCGCCGCCACCACCCACUUCCUGAAGUCCCUGAACGUGUACGGGGUGGACCCAGAUCGGGUCGUGGUCUGCGGUGACAGCGUGGGAGGGGGAGUGGCAACGGUAGUCUGUCAAAAAUUUUUGGGCUGCCCGGAUCUCCCCAAGAUCCGUGCUCAGAUCCUGAUCUAUGCCCAACUCCAGGCUGUGCAUUUCCAGCUCCCCUCCUAUCAGCAGAACAAGAACGUCCCGCUGGCCAGUCGAGACUUUGCCUUCUACUGCUGGCACCAUUACCUGGAUAUCAAGCCCUCCUGGAAAAGCACCGUCCUGAAAGGCGCCCACUUGCCUGCUGAAGUCUGGGAAAAGUAUAGAAAAUGGUUGGGCACUGAAAAUAUCCCAGAGAGGUUUAAGAAGAGACCCUACCGGCCAGUGCUCCCAGAGCCCCUCAAUGAGGCUGCCUAUCUGGAGACAAGCCUCGCUCUGCAUUUAUUGAACUCACCCCUGAUUGCGGAAGAUGAGGUCAUAUCUCAGCUCCCCGAGGCUUGCAUUGUGAGCUGUGAGUACGACCUUCUCCGGGACGAUUCGCUGUUGUACAAGAAGCGGUUGGAGGACCUGGGGGUCCCGGUGACUUGGUACCACAUGGAGGAUGGUUUCCAUGGGGUGCUUAGCACCUUAGACAUGGGGUGUUUGCAAUUCCCCUGCUCCACGAGGAUUCUGGAUUCCCUAGUCCAUUUUCUAAAGAGGUUGUGAUCAUCUUUCCUUCCUGCUAGAGCGACGAGAGUACACGUUCCACCAGCUUCUAGUUCCCCGGCAGGGCUCUCUAUUGUGCCGUAGGUGAUGCUGAGCGGGGCUAGGGAGGGGGUCGAGGUUGCCAUGGCCUUCUUGCUUCAGGUUCUAGAACUGUGGAAUGCAGCUUUCUGAUGUCUGAAGGGAGAGAAGUAGGAGAGACGGGUUUGGGGGGAGGGUGGCGCUCUGUUCACGAUCACCAUUGGGAAAAUUUGGGCUGACGGUCUGCAGCGGUCACCUGAGAGUGAACCAUCAAGUAGGGCUUCCCCGAGGAGCGUUCAGGUUGGUCUAGGCUGCGAGGAGCAGGAGCGUCACACGUCAACAGCUGGCUUUGGAAUGAAGCAGGGACGUCAUGUGCAGUCCCAAGGGCUUUCUUCAGUCCAGCUCAGAGGAUGGGGCUCUGGUGUUCUCGAUGGCUGGUGGAGGUGGAGAAACAGGUGUCCCUCUCCUCCCCUGGGUACACAGUGACAUUUCCCCUGCUAUUCCUCUGCCUCUGAGCUCGGAAUCUUAACUGUCUGGGCAGGAAGAGUUAGGAGAGAAAGGAUAGGUUUCCCAUAAUGGUUGGCACCUAGGGGCAGAUGAAGACAGCCCAGAGCCGCCUGACGGGGGUGCCCUGGAGCUCUCGGAGUCCAAGGAGCCAGAGGGACUGAAGAUGUGUCAGCAGAAACGAUUUCUGUUUGAAGACAUGGAACCAAAAAAUAAAAAAAUUAAAAAAAAAAUGAAGACAUGGAACCAACUCAAACUGGCCUAAAUCAGAGAAAGAACCUAUUGGUAGCUGUGAGUUCCAGGGAUAAAUCAGGUAUGGUUUGAUCCAGAAACUCAAACAGUGCCACCAGCUGCCUUUUCCUCUUUCCUCCGUCCUGCGCUCCUUUGCAUUUAUUUCCCCGUCGCCUCUGCCUAUGAUGGCCCUGAGCACACUUACAUUCUCUGGAGUCAAGUCCGUUAUUAUAGACUUGCCUCAUUCCCAGUUAUCCCAGCAGAAACCACAUUGUAACUCUGUGGCUCUGUGGGCUCUCUGAGGGGUGUGUCCAGUUGCCACAACCGAGGGAAUGGAAUGGUUUGACCCGGGCUAAGCCCCGAGCUGGAGUGGAGGGUGGGGUCCAUUCCACCCAUGCUUGGGCAGAACAGGAGGGAGGGAGGGAGGACUUUCCUCACAUCAGCACUUAACUCUUCUACGGUAGACAUCAAUGCUUACUCCGCUGGGUGCUUAUCAAUGCUUCCUCUGCUGCAGAAGCUACGUGAACCCGGAGUCAGAGUACUUGGAAAUGGCAGGAGAUGUCAAGGGGUACUAGGCAAGGUGACCACUUGUCCCUGAGGAAUAAAUAUUCCCAGGAAAGGGCUGGUGCAAGUUCCCAGGCUGGUCCUACCUGGUCUUCUGGAGGCCCUGCUCCUAGUUGGCUAACGGUUUUCGUAGGCUGAGGCCCAGGUUUACUGCACAGAGGCCCCUAUGCAUGCCCUUAACUUGCUUUCAGUUGAAUGUUUGUGCUGAAACGUGGGGCAAAGAGGAAUCCCAUUUGGUGGCUUCUGGAUCCAUUCAUGGCAGGCCAGUAGGUGUCUUUGUUGGAGAAAUAGGAACCACUCGCUGAAGGCGCUUCAUCUGGUGGCCACUCAGCUGUUGAGCAGCACUGAGAUCUAAGGAGCAUGGUCCCUUCUAGAAGAGGUCUGUGGGUUGAUUCUGGGUAGGCGCUUCUCCUGGAGUGUGGUCUUCAUUGCUUCAUUCCAUCUCUGGACAUAGGCGGAGGGACCGGGCUGACCUUCUGGGAAGUUGGGUGGCUAGCUCUUCGACUGCGGGGUGCUGAGGAGCGUGUGAGCCACUCGAGGAGCGUUCCUAGAGGAGAUGAGUCGGCUACAUUUUCAGGACUGGAAGUAUCUCUGGAUUUAAAUUUCUACUUCACUGUGAUGAGAAAACAGCUAUUUCGAGUUGCCGCCCAGGCAUUCUACAGCAGGACAACCCUGCUCCACAGUCUGGACAUGUAGAUAAAAACCUCAAGUUUAGAAUUCCUGCCAUAAGUUCCCACUUUACUUUUCCCAGGGCACCUUUUAGAAUAGCCACUUAGGGCCACCCUCUCAAGAAGUGAGUGAUCUCUGCCCCAGCCACGUAAUCAGUAGCAGGUGCUUUCUACCCUGCUCUCUCUCCUGCUCGCUUGAGACCUGAGAUAGAGGACUGCCCUUCCCUUGGCUCAUCGCACCCCCAACUCUGUUUCUGGGAUCUGUAAGCAAUAAAACUCAUGAGUCUAUUA